CCGAGCUGUACUUGGGGAAGGUUGGCAGAUGAUAGGAGCUCGGGCUAAUAAUUUGGCUUGGAUCGGUCUGCUAGCAUCUCAAAUACAUUUGUCAUUUUUGUUAGGCCUGGCAUGUUUCCAUCAACACAGAUUUCCAGAAGCUGCAAUUUCCGAGAUUAUGACAAUGAAAUUGAAGGAGCAGAAAUAAACAUGAUUGCUUCCUUGGCAUUGAGAAACUUUCAGUACUGAAUAUCCCUAUGGCUAUGUAUGAUGAGGACAUUUUGAACAAUCCUUUCUAUUUGGCUAUUCAGAAGCAGCGUCCUGAUUUAAUCAAUAAAAUUGCAGAAGUUCAUGGCAUUGUUCUUGUCCCAUGCAAGGGGAGCCUUUCAAGCAAAAUCCAAACCACUUGUCUUUUUGAAUCCUAUGUUUUAAAGCCUGCAGAAGAAGGUUAUAAAACAGAAAAUGGAAGGGAAGUUUUUAUCCAAGGGAACUUAGUUAAACUUGGAACUGGCUUCAAUCACAACCUCUCUAUAGCAAUCCUUUUUGAGGAGACUUUCUACAAUGAAAAAGAGGAAAGUUUUAGCAUAUUGUGCAUAGCUCGUUCACUAGAAAAAGAGGAGAAUGCAGAGGAACCGUCCACAUUCACAACUACUUGCACUUUGAAAAACAUUGAAGAUGUAAAGGAAUUUUUAGGAAAGCACGUUGAUAGAUUUGAUAAAAUUGUUGCAACAUUCCACAAUACUUUCAAAGUCCAUGAAAGAAAAAGUCUCCGUCACUAUAUUGACUGUGUCAAUGCUUUGUACACAAAAUGCCUGCAACAGUUGUUAAGGGAUUCCCACUUGAGAGCAUUAGCUAAGCAAGAAACACAGAUGAAUUUAAUGAAACAAGCCGUGGAGAUGUAUGUUCACCAUGGAAUUUAUGAUUUGAUCUUCAAACAAGUGGGGACCAUUGAAGCAAGUGAGGAUGCAACAUUUAACAAAAUUACAAGAAGUCUUCAAGAUCUCCAACAGAAGGAUAUUGGGGUUAAGACAGAGUUCAGCAUUAAUAUCCCAAGAGCAAAGCGAGUGUUGGCGCAGUUGAACAGAUGUACAUCACCGCAGCAAAAGCUGAUCUGCCUUCGAAAGGUGGUUCAUACUAUUAUGCACUCUCCUAGUCAAAGAGUAAACAUGGAAACUAUGUGUGCAGAUGACCUUCUUUCUGUGUUGCUCUAUCUGCUGGUAAAAACCGAGAUUCCAAACUGGAUGGCCAACUUAAGCUAUAUCAAGAACUUCCGAUUCUGCAGCACAGCAAAGGAUGAGCUUGGAUAUUGCCUGACUUCUGUGGAAGCUGCUAUUGAAUUUAUCCGACAAGGAAACUUAGCAGAAGCAGUUGCAAAUGCUGAAAGUAACGACAAGGCAUUUUUGUGGCAGAGAAUGAACCUGAUGUCGCGAGUCUCCUUCACACCAAUAGAUUGUUUGUUUGAGCACAUUGCUUCAGGAAACAAGGAAGAGGUAGAGAAACUACUGAGCCAAGGAGACCAAGAUGAAGAAAUUGUGUGCAAAUUGUGUCAUCCCUUGUGCUCUUGUGACAAAUGUGAAAAGUUUGGAGCCGGGAGGCUUAAUGAUAGUUCAAUUGUCACUCCAUUUUCGAGAGAUGACCGGGGUUAUACACCACUUCAUAUCGCUGCUAUUUGUGGGCAAGCUCAGUUUAUUGAUCUAUUGGUAUCCAAAGGGGCUGCAGUGAAUGCUACUGAUUACCAUGGAUCAACACCACUUCAUCUUUCAUGCCAAAAAGGCUACCAGACAAUAACACUUCUCCUGUUGCACUAUAAAAGCUGUCCAGACAUACAAGACAAUAAUGGCAACACCCCACUUCAUUUAGCCUGUACGUACGGACAUGAAGAUUGUGUGAAGGCUUUAGUCUAUUAUGAUGUACACUCUUGUAGAAUGGAUACUGGUAACGAGAAGGGAGACACUGCCCUACACAUAGCAGCCCGCUGGGGCUACCAAGGGAUUAUAGAAGUGCUUCUGCAGAAUGGAGCCAGGACUGACUUAGAGAACAGGAGGAAGGAGACGCCACUGCAUUGUGCAUUAAACUCCAAGAUUUUAUCAUUGAUGGAAAAUGUCCAUGUUAUAACAGUGCGGAAGCAGAGUGUAUCAGAGUCCCCAAACAGAUCUCCUCCACUUUCUAAUGACAAGGACUCUUCUCAGUCCAGUCAGUCCUCAUUGUCCACUGAAAACCAUAAAGAUGAUGUGAAAAGCAAGUUUAAAGAGGUGGAAAAACUUUUAAGGGCUGUUUCGGAUGGGGAUCUGGAAAUGGUUCGCUAUCUCUUGGAAUGGGUGGAUGAUGAAUUGGAAGAAGAAGCAGAUGAUUCUCCAAUUGUAAAGGAGUUCUGUCAUCCAUUGUGCCAGUGUCGAAAGUGUGGUCCAGCACAGAAGAAGCUGAGUAAGAUUCCUCUCAAUGGCCUUAAUGUUAAUGUUACCAGCAGAGAUGGCUUCACACCACUGCAUAUUGCGGCACUUCAAGGUCAUACUUUGUUAGUGUCUCUGCUUUUGAAACACGGUGCUAAUGUAGAUGCAAAGAAUGGAAACCGCGCGUUACCGCUUCACUUAGCCUGUCACAGAGGACACCUAGAGGUGGUGAAGAAUUUGCUUGAAUAUAGCACAGGGAAAAAUAAAAAGGACAUGAACGGGAAUACUCCAUUAAUAUAUGCCUGUCUGGGUGACCAUUUGGAGGUUGCGUCACUAUUAUUGGAGCAUGCUGUUUCAGUUAACCUGUUUAACGUGAAGGGGAACACAGCACUGCAUGAGGCUGUGAGACGGAAUAAUGAAGGAUUAGUGCAGAAGUUGCUUUUAUAUGGCGCAAUGGUGGAUGUUCGAAACAAGCGACAGUACACACCCCUGGAUUGUGCUAAGGAGAAUUCAAAAAUGAAGCAACUGCUGCUGUCAAACAACACAAAUGAAUCCGGAAAUAACUCUGCAACUUUACCUGAGCAAUCCACCAGGAUCAGGAAAAAAUCAACCAACUCAAAUAUCCCAGAAGCUGAAAGUGCCCCGAACUCAAGAAAGCCUGAGGUUGUGCAUUCAAACGCUUCACAUUUAAAGAAAACAAUACGAAGAGACAAAAGUAUGCCAAAUUUUGAUGAAGAUCUAAUCAAUAAGUUAUCUGUCAGGAAGUUUGAGGAUGGCAACUUUGAGAAGAAUAGCAAGUCCAGUGCAGACAAGGACAUUCUGAAAGCAGAUGAAUUAGAUUCUUCCCUUAAAACUAAGUUUGUGAUUAGACGCCACAGCCUAAAUAUAGCUUGCUUAGCAGACACGCAGGAGAGUAUAAGUGACAGUGAUACAUUAAAUGGGACAGAUGUAAGCUCGCCCUUAUCUGAUAUCUGCAUUCAUGACGAUUUAGAAAAUGAAGCUGACAUAAAUGGCCAAGAACUGUCGGAUCUAAAUGAUCAGAAUGAUCCAGUGUCCUUUGCAGUGAUUGAAGUAACAGAAAGUUCAAAAGAUCUUCCAAUCAGCGACGACAUGGACUGUUCGGGCAGCGCUGAGUGCUGUUGUGUGGCAUGUACCUUGGCACUGGAGUCUUCUUGGUCUUUAGUUGGUUCAUCCAACCAAUCAUAUUGUGAUGUUUCUGAACAUGAAGAUUAUGAUACAGCGAAAGGUUGAGCAGACUGCUUUCAGCAGUACGGAAACUACACACACAGGGCUAAGCUGACUUACCUAGCUUGCUGUUUUUAGAAUGUUUCAAUAAAAUGGCAGCUCUAUAACAAAUGUGUAAUAACCAUAAGAUUGGAAACAAAUUGAUAUUAUGUAGUUUGAUAAUUCUAAUUUUACCAGUUUUAUUAUGUCACAUAGCUAUUAAAUUGCUGUAGUGCCCACGUUAGCUGAUAGUCACAUUUUCUUAAGAAAUGCAGUGAACUUAUGAAUCAGCUGGUUUGAACCGUGAUAGACCUUUUCCUUUCUCAAAGCCAAAAUGUGACCUUUCAACCCAUUCUUUCACUUUCUCCCAAUUACAGUUACAGAGAGGUAGAAACUGCUCUUUAAUAAAGGUAUUAAGUGUUCUUUCAUUCCUUAGGGGUAUACUGAUGUAAAGAGUUAUUCUUAUAAAAAUGAAAUAUUCCCAUUAAAUACCUACAAAUGUAGAGAAAAAUAUUAUACAUACAUAGCUGUAUGUGUGUAACAGGGUAACUUACUUUUCCACUCUUCUAUAAGCUUGAGUUAUGAGAACCACAACAUUCCGAAAAUGUAAAUGUGAUUAAGGGCACAUAGAGGUGUAAGCAUGCUUGAUAAGUGGUUAAAUGAUUUGUAAUCUUAUAACUAAACAGGAAGUUAGAAGGAUAGGGUGAUACUAUUAAAGGGAUAUGAAACCUAACUUUUUUCCUUCAUGAUUCAGAUAAAACAUGCAAUUUUAAGCAACUUUCUAAUUUACUCCUAUUAUCAAUUUAUCUUUAUUCUCUUGGUAUUGAUUUUAAAAAGCAGGAAUGUUAGGAGAGCCCCAUUUUUGGUUCAGCACCUGGGUAGUGCUUGCUGAUUGGUGGCUAAAUGUAGCCACCAAUCAGUAAGCACUACCCAGGGUUCUGUACUAAAAAUGGGCCGGCUCCUAAGCUUACAUUCCUGCUUUUAAAAAUAAAGAUACCAAGAGAAUGAAGAAAAA